AUGACCCCUGAACGUAAAUCGCUUCCUCGUAAUACGGUUAUCAAAUUUGUUCCUCAACAAGAAGCAUGGAUUGUCGAACGCAUGGGUAGAUUCCACCGUAUGCUCGAGCCUGGUCUCAAUAUCUUGAUCCCUAUUAUUGAUCGUAUCAAAUACGUAAAAACCCUAAAAGAAACUGCGGUUGAGGUUCCUAGUCAGAGUGCAAUUACUCAAGACAACGUAACAUUGGAAUUGGAUGGUGUACUUUAUUUCAGAAUUAUGGAUCCUUUCAAGGCUUCAUAUGGUGUGGAAGAUGCCGAGUUUGCUAUUACACAAUUGGCCCAGACUACCAUGCGAGCAGAAAUUGGUCAAAUGACUUUGGAUCGCACCUUGGCUGAAAGAGGCCACCUCAAUGCAAACAUUGUCGAUGCUAUCAAUUCUGCUGCAGAAGACUGGGGUAUCAGAUGUCUGCGUUAUGAAAUUCGUGAUAUUCAUCCUCCUGCAAAGGUUGUCGAAUCUAUGCACCAACAAGUCUCGGCUGAACGUACCAAACGAGCUCAGAUCUUGGAGUCCGAGGGUGCUCGCCAGGCUGCAAUUAACGUGGCCGAGGGUCGAAAGCAGGCCACGAUUCUGGCCUCCGAGGCCGAGAAAUCGGAAAAGAUUAACAUGGCUGCUGGUGAGGCUGAGGCAAUUCUUCUGAAAGCCCAGGCAUCUGCAAAGGGAAUCGAGGUCGUCGCACGUGCGAUCAAUUCAGACAACGGCAGCGACGCAGUGUCGAUGAGCAUUGCCGAGAAGUAUGUCGAGGCAUUCGGAAAGAUGGCCAAGGAAGGCACGACCAUGAUCGUUCCCUCGGCCACCAACGAUGCGGCCUCGAUGGUUGUCCAGGCCCUGUCGAUCUACAAGACCAUCAACAAGGCCAAGCCAUCGGGAUCUGGACCAUCAGGAUCGAAUGGUAGAGACUUGCCAAACGCACCAAAGUCAAUCAAGGAAGAAAUCACAAAUGAUCUUGUAGAAGCAGCCAAGCGAGAAUCAUCUUUCCAAGAACCUCGUGAUAACUAA